AUGAAUAGCGGUAAAAAAAUUGUCAUUGGUUUAAGUGGGGGGGUAGAUUCAAGCGUAGCGGCUUACCUUUUGAAGAAGCAAGGUUAUCAAGUAAUUGAUUUAGAAAAAGGUCUCACCCCUAAUCCAGAUAUUUUGUGUAAUAGUGUUAUCAAAUUUCGUAAUUUUGUUGAAUAUGCAGAAAAGCAUUUUAAACCUAAUUUUAUUGCUACCGGUCAUUAUGCUAAAAUUAUUAGGGGAAGUGGCGAAUGUGCUUCUUUGAAAUGCAUUCAUUUUGGAAAUUUUUUAACUAAACCUCAGGAUAAAUCCAAAGACCAAACUUAUUUUCUAUGCCAAAUUGACCGGAAGUUAUUAACUAAAAUAAUUUUCCCCCUGGCUGAUUUAACUAAAAAAAAAGUUCGCCAAAUCGCAGAAGAAAUAGGAUUGAUUAAUUCCAAAAAAAAAGACUCUACCGGAAUUUGUUUUAUUGGCGAACAGAAAUUCACCAAUUUUUUGGCUAAUUAUUUUCCCAAAAAAGAGGGUGAAAUAAUUGAUAUUGAUAGUAAAAAAAUCCUCGGAAAACAUUUUGGAACCUAUUAUUUUACUAUCGGACAACGGCGAAAUCUGAGCCUAUCAGGGCAAAAAAAACCUCUCUAUGUAGUAGGAAAAAACUUAGCAAAAAAUAUAAUUUAUGUGACUAGUGUCGAAGAGGAAAAAUUAACUACAUUUUUAGAUAAUCAAAAUAUAACCGCUAAAUUUCGUUACCGACAGCCCGAUAUUUCAGUAAAAAUUUUUCCCACAACUAAUUUUGAAGAGUCCAGAGUAGAAUUUUCCGAAAAACAACGAGCCGUUACUCCCGGACAAUAUGCCGUUUUUUAUCAUAAUGAUAUUUGUCUAGGCGGAGGAGUAAUUUUUAAUACGGAGAGAAACAAAGAAAGCGGAGAACCGAUUUUUUAA